AUGGACGACAAUUUACCGCUCGUAGACGGAUUCGGAACGACGCCAUCGUCCUGGGUAGAAGCCAUGCAAAGGAAUGUACAAGCUAUACUUGCUGAAGAUGACAACAAGGGACGAAGGAUGACUCUGUUCGUCGAGUCAUGCUCAGUAUUACUUGCACAAUGCGAAGAUAUGGCAGCCACGUCAAUCUUGGAAAUGGCCUUGUGGAAACGGCAACUUAAGGGUGGAUGGAGCAACGAUACGAUGGUGCCAAGCAACAGGCGUUAG